UACCAAAUUUCAAUUUUCUCUUAAGUUUCCAAACAGACCCUUAAAAAAAUUCAAAAUAAUCCGUAACUCUCUCCUAAAUCGUCUCUCUCGAACCUAUCCCCCCGGUCUCUCUCUACUACGGCAAACCACCACACAACCACCGGAAUCACACUCAGACAAUAAUGCAGCUUAGACCAGACGGCCUUGAUCAGAAUUUAAGCCCAAAUCUAUUAUGGGGUCAAACUUUGACCAUUUUUGUAGAUGGGCUAUUCUUUCUCAUUUUCUUGUUCAAACGACGGCCAUGGCUUCCAACCUCCUGAUCAAACUCCGAUCUCUGUCCACAGCCACGAAUGGCCACCACACCCUUGCUCGUCGGUACCUGAGCUGCGGAGAAGCACCGCUAAUCCUCAUUCGCAGUGCCGGAGCUAGACUCUACUCCGAUGUCCCGUCUUUACCCCAACCUUCUACUCCACUGCCUCGACUUUCUCAGUCCGGCGCCAAUUCUUCGACUAGUUCGUCGGUGGAUCAGUCUGAACUCGCCAAGUUCGCUUCCAUUGCUGAAACCUGGUGGGAUUCUGAAGGCCCGUUCAAACCAUUGCAUGCGAUCAAUCCUACUAGACUCGCCUUCAUCCGCUCCACUCUUUGUCGACAUUUCAGGAGGGAUUCAAACUCUGCUAGGCCUUUUGAAGGACUGAAAUUUGCUGAUAUUGGUUGUGGUGGUGGAAUUCUUUCUGAGCCUCUAGCUCGAAUGGGAGCUUCUGUAACUGGAGUUGAUGCUGGGGAUAAGAAUAUCAAAAUUGCACGCCUUCAUGGUGGUUUGGAUCCGGUGACUUCAACAAUCAAUUAUUGCUGCACAACAGCCGAAAAGAUGGUUGAAGAACAGAAAAGUUUUGAUGCUGUGAUUUCAUUAGAGGUAAUUGAGCACGUAGCAAACCCUGCUGAAUUCACCAAGUCUCUAGCAGCAUUAACUGUUCCAGAUGGAGCUAUGGUGAUGUCAACUAUUAACCGAACUAUGAGGGCAUAUGCUACAACCAUCGUUGCAGCAGAGUAUCUUCUUCAUUGGCUUCCCAUAGGUACACACCAAUGGUCAAGCUUUGUAACUCCUGAAGAAUUGACCCUGCUUCUACAGCGUUCAUCAGUUUCGGUCAAAGAGAUGGCUGGUUUUGUUUUCAACCCAUUGACUGGAAAAUGGUCUCUAUCUGAUGACAUUAGUGUAAAUUACAUCCUUUAUGGUACCAAAACGGCCUCUCAAUAAAAUAUACAAAUGAACUUUGGUCAUAUGAAAUAGAAUAAAGCUUACAAUAAAUUGGCAAUUUCUUUAUUUAUUUUAUUUUUUCUCUAUACAUUGAAUGUAUUAAAUUUUAAUACAUAUCAUUCCUUAAAAAAAUGAAUACAUCAUUGUCCUA